GCCAUGCUAGUAUUUCACAGAGGUGUCGUUCACAGAUUGUCUUUUCGGAUGAGGAUGUUCCUAGAAUAUGUCUCAGGCAAACUCCCUGGAGCAAUACGAGGGAAUGGUUAUCAGCAGGAACAGAAUGUCUCGGGAGCAGCUGGCCGUUCAGCAGGCCAGGAAGGUUUUUAUGACUGGAAGAUCCAAACCCCUGGACUACAGAAUUAAACAACUUAGAAACCUUAGUCGAUUCGUUACAGAGAAAGAAAAGGACAUUAUUGAUGCACUGAAAAAAGACCUCCAUAAGAGUGAAAAUGCAACACAGCUGUUUGAGAUCCUAGGCUUGGUGGGAGAAAUCAAUCUGGCUAUCAGCAAGCUGGCAGAAUGGGCAGCUCCACGGCCAGUGAACAAAAAUCUUCUUACCAUCUCAGAUGAGGUCUUCAUACACCCAGAACCUCUUGGUGUGGUGCUUAUCAUUGGAGCCUGGAACUAUCCAAUAGCAAUUACGCUACUACCCCUUGUAGGUGCCAUAGCUGCAGGAAAUGCCGCAGUAGUGAAACCUUCAGAAGUCAGCUCUCACACAGCCAAAGUUAUGGAGCUUCUGACUCACUACCUUGACCCUGAGAUGUAUCCAGUGGUGACAGGAGGCGUACCGGAGACCCAAGAGCUGCUGAAGCAGCGUUUCGACCACAUCUUCUAUACUGGGAACAGCACAGUGGGGAAACUGGUUAUGGAGGCAGCAGCUCGUCAUCUCACACCAGUAACUUUAGAACUGGGUGGGAAAAGCCCCUGUUACAUUGAUAAGAACUGUGACAUUAAAAUCGCCUGCCGCCGCAUCACUUGGGGAAAGUUUGUCAACUGUGGUCAAACCUGCAUUGCACCUGAUUAUAUCCUCUGUGAACCCAGCAUCCAGAAUACAGUGAUUAAUGAGAUCCAGAAAUGCAUCAAGGAGUUUUAUACCAAGGACCCCAAGAGCUUUGCAGACUACGGACGCAUUAUCAAUCAACGCCACUUUAAGAGGAUAAUAGCACUUAUUGAGGAUAACACAGUUGCUAUUGGAGGAGACAGUGAUGAAUCAGAGUGUUAUAUUGCUCCCACUGUUUUGAAGGAUGUGAAAUCACAGUCCAAAGUGAUGCAGGAAGAGAUCUUUGGGCCAAUUUUGCCCAUCGUCCCUGUAAAUGAUCUAAAGGAAGCCAUUCAGUUCAUCAAUGAACGAGAAAAGCCAUUGGCACUAUAUGUUUUCUCUUCUAGUAAUAAGGUCAUCAAACAGAUAAUAUCAGAAACAUCCAGCGGAGCACUCGUAGCCAAUGACUGUCUGGUGCAUUUCACCAUAAGUGAUUUGCCUUUUGGUGGUGUUGGAAAUAGUGGAACUGGUUGCUACCAUGGCAAAUACACUUUUGACCAACUGAGUCACCUUCGGAGCUGUCUCAUUAAAAAGCUGAACAUGGAGAUGGUCAAUCAGAUGCGUUACCCUCCUCAUUCUGCAAAAAAGUUACACUGGGCUCGUAUCCUUCUCUUGAAGCAAAUAAAUGUGGCAAGGUGGCGUCGGAUGGCACAGGUUGUUAUGCUUGCUGCACUAGCAACUUUUGUGGUGAAGAGAUUUAUGCGAUGACUUGUGGAGGAGAAGCUGAGUUUGUCUCUUUGGACCUAAAAAAACCCCCCAAAUUGUGAUUUUAAUGAUUUUGAUGUAGUUUUCUUCUAUAUACAUUAGAGUUGUUAAUACAUCAAUACCUAGCAAAUGAAACUGUAUAUUUUUUUCUGCUGUAAUAGACUAAAACUAUAAAUAAUGUACUCAGAACACAAUUGUUUUUGUAAUACUGCAAAGUGGGUGUCAUUGGUCUGAACGAAUAUGAGCAACUGUGCAUGGACAUAAAGAACUUUUUUACACACUACUCAGUCUGUUGAUAUGCUGUAGAUUAAUUAUUGCACAUUUUUUUUUAUAAUAAAACUCAUGUAUGUAGCAUUAAUCAAAUUAUGGAAGUCAAAUAAGGAUAAGGAUCAUGCAAACAUUGCAUUAUUACUCGGUUCUCCCGAAUACUUGAUCUAUUGCUCAGUUGCAUGAUUUCGAGGUCUGUUAUCUUCUAGCACACUGCUAAUACAGGUACUACUCAAUGUUUAAUCUCUCCGCUGUCUUUUCUCAUGCAAGCUUUGAAUUUAUUACAAAUAAGCUAAUAAAAUAUUUCAAAUCAA